CUCUUACCCCGCGCGGUGCAUCCCUUUGCGGACUCCGUGGAGGCUCGGCGCUGCGGCGGACUCCGGCGGUGGGCGGGCUUCCGCGCAGGGCGGCCGGGCUCCGCGCUGCCGCCGCCGUGGCCCAUGGGCACAAUCGUCUCGGAAGGCCGGCAUUAAACCAAAAAGAUGUCCCUAUAUGAUGACCUGGGAGUGGAGACCAGUGACUCAAAAACUGAAGGCUGGUCCAAAAACUUCAAGCUCCUGCAGUCCCAGCUCCAGGUGAAGAAGGCGGCGCUCACUCAGGCCAAGAGCCAAAGGACCAAGCAAAGUACAGUGCUUGCUCCGGUCAUCGACCUAAAGCGAGGCGGCUCCUCAGAUGACCGGCAGAUUGCAGACACACCACCUCACGUGGCAGCUGGGCUGAAGGACCCUGUGCCCAGUGGGUUUUCUGCAGGGGAAGUUCUGAUCCCCUUAGCUGAUGAAUAUGACCCUAUGUUCCCCAAUGACUAUGAGAAAGUGGUGAAGCGCCAGAGAGAAGAGCGGCAGAGGCAGCGGGAGCUGGAAAGACAGAAGGAAAUAGAGGAAAGAGAAAAGAGGCGUAAAGACAGACACGAAGCCAGUGGGUUUUCAAGACGACCAGACCCUGAUUCUGAUGAGGAUGAAGAUUAUGAGCGAGAGCGGAGGAAAAGAAGUAUGGGAGGAGCUGCCAUCGCCCCACCGACGUCUCUUGUAGAGAAAGACAAAGAGUGUAUGUGCCUCGCUUUCUUUUAUUACCUAUUCUCACACAGGUAUUUGUGGACAGUGAAGAUCCUAAGCUUGACUCUCUUGUGUCCUGAGUUUAGAGCAGAAUAGCCUGGUUUUCAUCCCUGAAGUCACAGUGGCCUUGCUUCCUGCUAUACCUGGGAUGCUUUGACAGGGUUUCUCUGUAUAGCUCUGGCUGUCCUGGAGCUCACUUUGUAGACCAGGCUGGCCUCGAACUCAGAAAUCUGCCUGCCUCUGCCUCCUGAGUGCUGGGAUUAAAGGAGUGCGCCACCACGCCCGGCUUCACUUGGGACUUUUUAAUACCAGACUCAGAAAUACAGAGUUGGUUUGGGUUUUUUUGUUGUUCUUGGGUUUUAUUUUUGUUCUUGUUCUUUUGGUUUGUUUUUGUUUUUGUUUUUCCUUUGCAGGGUAAGGUUCAAGACAGGGUUUCUCUGUAUAGCCUUGUCUGUCCUGGAACUUAGUUUGUACACCAGACUGGUGUUGAACUUAGAGAUCUCCCUGCCUCUGCCUCCUGGUUGCUGAGAUUAAGUGCCCAGCCUGAAGUGGAGAUUUUUAUACAAGAAGAUAACUUCAUUUUUAUUGUUAUUUCCAUCAAGGUUUCAUGUUUGCAAUAGGUUCAUUUGAAGUAAAUUAGAGCAAUAAUAAAUAGUAGCUAACGCCCCUUGACUAGCAUGAAGGACAGCAGCAGGAAGUGUUCAAAUUCAGGGGUAGCCUGUGCUCUAUAGUGAUGUUCCAGGCUAGCUUAUGCUCGAUGAAUAUAUGCAGGCAAUACACUCAUGCACAUAAAACAAAAAUAAAGUAAUUGAAACAAAACUAAAAGCCAUCAAUAAUCUUUUGAAAAUAUUUAUUAUUUAUUUUAAUUUUGUGUGCAUGAGUGGUUUUGCCCAUAGCAGAUUUUGUAACUGAGAUUGAGAGUGUGACUGAGCAGCAUUCGUCUACUUAUAAACAUGACCACCCACUGUCAGGUCUCCUGGAGCUCCUCUAAAACUCAGAAGUUACGGUUGGGCUUUGCCCCAUGUUUUGUACGGAGCUGUGCCUAAACUUAUAAAAAUAAAUGGCUGGGCCUGCAGAGAUAGCUCAGCAGUUAAGAGCACUCGCUACUCUUCCAGAAGACCCCGGUUCAAUUCCUAGCACUCACAGAGUGGAUGACAGCCAUCUGUUGACUCCAGUUCUAGGGAAUCUGUCACCUUCCUCUGUCCUUCAUGGGCACCACACACGCAUGCACACGGUACAUAGGUAUACAUGCAGCAGAAACACUCAUAUACCUAAAACAAAAAUAAAUAAAAGUAAAGCCUGUCUUAGGGUUUCUAUUCCUGCACAAAACAUCAUGACCAAGAAACAAGUUGGGGAGGAAAGGGUUUAUUUAGAUUACACUUCCAUACUGCUGCUCAUCACCAAGGAAGUCAGGUCUGGAACUCACACAGGGCAGGAUAUAGGAGCUGAUGCAGAGGCCAUGGAGGGAUGUUACGUACUGGCUUGCUUCCUCUGGCUUGCUCAGCCUGCUUACUUAUAGAACCCAGGACUAGCAGCCCAGGGAUGGCACCACCACAAUGGGCCUCCCACCCUUGACCACUGAUUGAGAAAAUGCCUUACAGCUGGAUCUCAUGGAGGCAUUUCCUCGAGGGAGGCUCCUUUCUCUGUGAUAACACUAGCUUGUGUCAAGUUGACACACAAAACCAGCCAGUACAGAGUCAUCAAUAAUCUUUUGAAGAUAUUUAUUUUAUUGUAAUUUUAUGUGUAUGAGUGUUUUGCCUGCAUUGUGCCUGGUACCUGUGGAGGUUAGAAUAGAGCAUUGUAUCUCCUGGAGCAGGAUUUAUGUAGGUUAUGAGCCACUGUGUGGUGCUGGGAACUGAACCUGGUCAGUAUGAUAGCCAGUGUAUGAUAUGAUAUACACUGUAUGAUAGCCAGUGCUCUUAACCAUUGAACCACUAUUUCAGCCCCAAUAUUCUUUAAUAUGCAUUAUACUAUUAUGUUUUAAAGGAAGAUAAUUUAAGAAUAUGAUUAAAUAUAUAUUGUACAAACAAAACACCUGACAAACAAUAAACCAGUUUCUGCCGACAGGGCCCAUGUA